CGUAGUAGAAAGCCUACCGUUAGUGACAGUACUGUAGUAGCGAUAUUGGCACUGUGACCUGUUUAUUUGGAAGAUGUGUCUCUUGUAUCCGCAAUUGGUGAGGAGAGAGUAACGAUGGCUGUACUUUUAUUUGGCUCGGUUUGUUUUUAGUUAAGAAAAACACAUCGGCACUAUACAAGUCAUUCAGUGCAAAAAACAGACAAAACAAUAAAGGAAAUGAAAAAAAAAGGAACUACCAGUGGUGCACUUCAGCCGCCUGCGAUAUUACAAAGUGAUUAUUAUAGUGGCAAUUAUCGAAUCCUGAGACAAGACAAGGCAUUGAUCUAUCAUUUUUAUAAAAUUUAAAAAAAUACUUUAAAGACAAAAAAAACAACCCCAGAGACUAUAAAUUAUAAACUCUGAAAGCUGUACCAACUCUGUUGUAAUAAAUCAUUGCGCAUAAUGCAUUGACGUCAUCUCAAAUAUAAUUUGCAGAAUUGUGCAGCUGUGCGUAAAAAGAAGUGACGUUCAACGCAUAACAUAAAAAGAACCAUCUUGAACCGUGUUUGAAACGACAACAAUAUGGAAGUGGGAAACACACGUAUUUCGGUGUACCACUUUCAGGUUAGGCUGCAAUGACGAUUCAUCUUCAAUUUGCCCAGUUGCAAGGUCCGCAUCAUCAGUGAGCCAUGGCUGGCACAGCGGGUGUGACCGGGGGUACUGGCGGGGGGUGUCCCAAUGACUCCACUCAGAUCAAGUACGAGAAGCGGAUCCAGUGCUUGUGUGCGCAGCUCAAGAACUACCAAAAGCAGAUGGAUGGGGUCCAAGAGGAGAUGGAACGCGUGCGCUCACGCUACACCACAUGCUGCCGGGAGAUGGACGACCUCAAACGGAAGAUCAACCAGAAGGAUGACGCAAUUUCCUGCUAUGAGAGUCAGCUCGAGGAGAUCCGAUAUGACCUGAAAGAAAAGGAAAAAGUGAGCCAGAGAACGGUUGAGAACCUCCAGGAGAAGGUCAGUCAGUUCCAUGAGCAGGUUCAGCAGAGGGAGUCAGCGCUGGUCGUCUGCCGGACGGAGGUCAAGAGCCAUCUGGCCACCAUGGAGGAGCUCAAGAACAACUUCAGCAGCGAGCUACAACAGCGGGAAUCUUGUGUGAAACAGAUGAAGGAAGACUUACGCCAAGUUUACGAAGACUUGAAAGCCAAAUCUGAGCAGAACGCCCACUUGGAGCGCACCCUGAUGGACAUGAAGUCCCGCCUGCACCAGAGCUGUGCACAACUCAAAGAGGCGGACACUCGGGUGUCUUGCUUGCAGGAGAAGAUGCAGCAGCUUGAGUUCCAGGCAGGCCGUGAGAAGCAGCAAACGGCGAAGGAGGUGGAGGACAGUGAGAGACGGUACUCUCAGGCCUGCAACGAGCUGAACUGUGCUCAGAACGAUCUCCGCAAGAUGAAACGAUGUCUGCAUCAAAGAACUGGAACAGACGCUGUGUGCCAAGGAGCAGGAGGUGGAACAAUGCCAGUGUUGCGUGGAUGAGCUAAACGCUCGCAUCAGAAAAAUAAACCUGGGCGGUCAAGGAGAUGGAGUGUAUGGCAAAGGAGAUGAAAGGGCUCUCGCAUGACCUCGAGGACACCAAGAAAGAAGUCUGUGAGAAAAAUUCUGUGAUCGAGGACUUGCAGCAGGCGAUUGAACAUGCGGAGCAUGAUAUGGAGAGUCGGAUGAGAAGGGCGGAUGGACAGCUACAGAAGUAUGAGAGAGAGAUUAAAGAGAAAACCAGGAUGUCUCGAGAUUGCCUUCAAAGAGGUUAUAACGAACAACGCGCACAGUUAGCAGAGCUAUGCCAAGAGUUUAGCGUUCUGAAAGAGCAGCUACUGUGCCAAACAUCAGAAGCCUCAGACGCCAAACGUGACUUGUGCACCACACAGAGGGAACUAGAGAAAACAAGAAGGGAAGCAGACGAUAUGCAACAAUGCCUGCAGGUGGAGCAGUUGAAGAGCUGCCAGGUUCAGCUCGAGGAUACGAACGCGGGCCUGAUGCAGAAGGUGUCUGCGGGCCAGCGCCAGUUGGCUCAGAUGGAGAAGUGUUACCACCAGAAGGUGGACAGCCUCUCCCGCGAGAACGGCAUGCUGCAGACCAAGCUGGGCGACAAGGAGGAUCAGCUGCAGGCGGCCAAGGACUGCCUCACUCUCAAG